UGACAACUGACAGUUUACGUGGAAGUGUGUGAGUGAUCGUCUGUGUUGUUUAUUUUGUAGUCUUCUCAAGUUAAAACUUGUAAUUUCAAAUCGAAGUUUCGUAAUAAAAAACUCCCGUGUGAAGGGGUUUGCGAUGUCCACAUAUAAUUUAGCAAUAAUAAUAUGUCGGAUUGGUAUUGGCGAGUGAUUGCCUUGAAGGCGGCUUUCGUGUUAUCAUGUUUUGUUUCUUAUAUCCGAACUGAAGAUACCAUCCAAAAGUUACCAUACUGCAAUCCCCAUAUUGCAAAAGAUGCACCGGUAUACAAUGACUUUGUUAUUGUGAGCACACUUGAUGGACGUUUGACUGCUUUCUCAACUGAAAAUGGAAACACGGCUUGGUCACUGGACACACAGCCGCUGCUGUCGUCUAAUUUACACAAUUUUGAGCUUAUGGCAAAUGGGAAAAGGGUACGGUUAAUACCUUCACUCCGUGGCACUCUGUACAGUUUGAGUGGGGACACGUUAGAACCUUUGCCGUUCGACGCUGAGCAACUGUUGUCUUCAUCCUUUAAAUACUCAGAUGAUCUGGUUAUUGCCGGCGCGCGGGAAACUCUAUGGUUGGGUAUAGACGCACAGACGGGUGCUAUCAUAUACGAAUGCAACUCUUCGGGGUGUAACAGUGAGCAGGAGAUAGCGAGCGCCGGUCGAGAUAUACUGGUGCUGAGGAGGCUCUCCAGCACUGUGAGGGCGUUGGACCCACGCUCUGGGACUGAGAACUGGAACUUCAGUGUGGCGGAACAUAACCUGGCUCUCAGCCGGCGUGAAUGCGCGGGGAAGCAGACGACUCCAGUACCAGUGACGAUAGCGGUGGCCCUGCCGGAGGGUGUGGUGGCGGUCCGUCAUCCGGACUCUCAACUCACGAUAUGGCAACAUCAGUUAGAAGCUCCGGUAGCGAACAUGUGGCGGGUACAAAAUGGCGUGGUAGAAACUAUGGAUGUGUUGUGGGAAGCGACGCAUGCCAUCGCCGACAUGGCGGCGAAACCACCAUCCAUAUACCUUGGCAUUCAUAACACACAGCUGUACAUACAAGAAAGUGCUCUGUAUGCCCGAAAGCUGGAAACAUCGAUGUCAACAAAACCGUUGCCAUGGAAAGUGAAACAGUCCCGCCCUUUGCUAGGCGACGGAACCGCUUUGCAAGCGUUGCCAGAUGCGGAGAACACUUUGUCUAUGGUUGCUUUGUAUGGCAACACCGGGGUCCAGGAAAACCAAGGAUUCUUCCUCUACCUGCAAGAAACCUGCGACCAAGCUGUCCAAGUGGCCGACGAGAUAACGCAACCCGACAUAGUCCUGCCCAACAAUAGCGACGACACGCCCAACCAUCACCACGUGCACGUCCACGUGUACUCGCUCUGGUUCUGGUGGAAGGAGGUACUCCUGAUCGCGAUCAGUUCCGCCCUGCUGAUGAAUCUCAUGAUAUGGCCCAGGUUCUUCGCAGCGAAGAUUCGGCCGACGACGCCAUUGCCGAUAAACCAGGAGUAUAUAGUGGUCGAGAGGCAUUACGAGAGGCAGAACCAGGUUGCGGAAUAUUCCGGAAGGUACGAGAACGACUUCACCCCGCUGCGGUGUUUGGGGCGCGGCGGGUUCGGGGUGGUGUUCGAGGCGAGGAACAACAUCGACCACCAGUCGUACGCCGUCAAGAGGAUCACGCUGCCGAGCCGGGAGUCGCGGCGCGAGCGCGUGCUGCGCGAGGUGCGCGCGCUGGCCAAGCUGGAGCACGAGCACAUCGUGCGGUACUUCAACGCGUGGCUCGAGCAGCCGCCGCCGCGCUGGCAGGAGCUGAGGGACGCCUAUUGGCUGCGGGAAUUAGGUGGCGCUUCAGUGAUGUCGGAAGGUACAUCGCCACAGAUAGACAAGUCACCAACUAAAGGUGACGCGGUGACUCUAAACAUUCAUAAGUCUAUAGAUGACUGUAUUGACGCGUUGGACUAUGACAAGAAAGAACCUAAGCGGCUCAGGUCCCUGAGUUGCAACGAUUCCUUCAGUAUAGUGUUCGACGAGAAUGCAUCAAAGGACGCCCACCUAACCGCGAAUACUCCGGACACGAACAAGGGCAGCGGGGACGAUUCCUUCAUAGUGUUCGCUAAUAGCCAGGACACAAAGGGACUGUCCCAGGCUAGACAGGAUCUGUCCAAUAAGCAGCUGGAGAAGGUUAAGGAAUGUGGCAGUUACUCGAGCGGGAGUAAGAAGAAGAAGGGCCACACGCGCCACUGGUCGUUGGACAUGUGCGUGCGCUCGGGCGACGCCAGCAAGAUGUACCUGUACAUACAGAUGCAGCUGUGCCGCCGUGACAGCCUGCACGACUGGCUGCGGGACAACCGCACGUGGGAGUGCCGGCGGGACAAGGUACAAACGCUCUUCAGUCAGAUAGUGUCGGCGGUGGAGUACGUGCAUUUAGCCGGUCUGAUCCACCGAGACUUGAAGCCCAGCAAUAUAUUCUUCGCGCCCGACGGCAAAGUGAAGGUCGGCGACUUUGGCCUGGUCACGGCCAUGGGCGACUCGCAGGGGGGGGAGCCCGCUGACAACUCGCACCCGAACGGUGGCCACACGCAUCGAGUUGGUACCCACUUAUACAUGUCUCCAGAACAACUCCAAGGUCUACCAUAUAGCUAUAAGGUGGAUAUCUACUCUCUGGGGCUGGUUUUGUUUGAGCUGUUACACCCUUUCGGUACUGAGGCGGAAAGAGUGGACUGCUUGCUGCGAGUGAGGAAGGGACACUAUCCCACUCACUUUGAACAUAAUUACCCGAAUGAGACCGAGGUGCUAAAAUUAAUGCUUAGCACGGACCCGAACCGACGACCCACGGCCAGCGGGGUCAAAGCGAGAGCGCCACUAUACCAAGCUACCGACGAGCAGUGGCAUUUCACGCUACCUACCCUCAUUUCUGCUUAAAAUUAAUAUUUAACAGCAAAAAAAGUCAUUAGAUUUAAAUCCUGACUAUAAAUGAAUGAUUGCAUAAUUUAUUUCAGUAGGUUUUUGCGAAAUGUGAAAUUAACAUGACUAUAAAAUAAUGUAAAUUUAAAAAGCAUUGAAUGAAUAUAGCGUAUAAGAUUGAUAUAGACAAUAUUACGCUAAAGUAUUGAAAAUCAAACUAUAAUAUAAGAUCAUCACUCAAUUUAUCAGCUUUUAUAAAAAUGUUGUUAAAAAGAAAAA